GAAAGAUCGUGAAUCUCCUCAAUGCGCAGUGGGACGCCAAAAUCAAGGACGUGGACCAUUUUGAAAUCUUUCAACAGCCAAAGGACGUGAAGGUAUAUGUUGGGGACAAGCUUGAGUCGAACCCCUCGCAUGUGAUGUUGGGGGACUGGACCUUCGGGGAUGGUAAAUACCAAGUCGCCUUGAUGGCUGGCACAGUUUGGCCAAAGGCCGACUCUGAAAGCCCGCCGCCUGCUGCUUUCAUCUCUCCGUUUUGGAUCUUGCGCAAUUCUCACAAGAAGGAUGAGCGCAACAUGGAGCUUGCGUAUGAUAAGGGGUCCAGGAAGCCUUCCUUGGACACCGGCUUUGUCUUGCCAUACGCGCGCAAUUUCCAGACGAUCAAGCAGGGCGACAGCUUGGUGUUGUACAACGAGCAUGCCAAGAGAGAAUCUAACGUGGAAGAGUUGCAGCCUGUCAAGAAGCGACGUCGGGAGAAGGGAGCUGACUAG